AUGGGCGAUGCACAGUCAACCCAGGCAAACGCUGGCGAUACUGACGAUGGUUCUACAGAUGCCACCUCAGAUUAUGGGGUUAUCGAUCACAUAUUACGGGCCGAAGAGACCCAAGAGUCCCAGGAGACUGGUGUAGAGAGCAGUUCUAUCCCAGACGAUCACAACGUCUCAGGAACGACUCUACUUCAAACAGACUCAGAAGCAGAUACAGGCGAUGCAGACACGCUUUUGAUGAUCGACUCUCUCCCUGACUUGCAUCGAGCUGCUUCUGCGAUUCUAGACUUGUUUGUCACCACUUCUUCAACUCCAAGCGGCAUUUCUAGCCUGGCUCGAGCUCUACAGGAUCCCAAGAGCAGUCAGAGCAGGAGGCUGCAACGCAUGCGCGACAAUUUUGCCACGCAAAGGGACUGCUUUGGCAACGAUACUUACUUUGUCAUCGAACAAGUUGCUGCGAAGCUUCCAGUUCUCGAUAAUAUUCUCUCUGAUUCAUCAGCCACGAAAAGCUGGCACGCUGACGGGAUUCUCUACAAAUCAAACUGCGCGCAGCUCGCACUAGAGAUACUCACCAAGCCAACUCGCACUGGUGACGUAGAAGAUACCAUGUAUGACUUGGAGGGGAAAUAUCCAUUACCCUUUUUGAACACGCUAGUUCGCAAUAGCCGGCUCGACUUGGCAGGGCAAAGCAGCCUUCGACGGCCAACCUUUGACUUGGCGCUUGAGAUGAGAACGCAGUUUUUGAUGACCAGUUUGGUUAUUCAGCAGGAUCGUGACGGUUAUGACCCUGAGGGCUUGUUGCAGCAUGCGUUUUUCAAUGAAAUCGUGGAGACGCAGGCAUCUCAGGAUGGAUCCAUGCUUCGCGGAUUCAAUCUGCCGAGCCUUCAGGACAGAGACGGGAAUCUGCCAGAGCAGUUUGAGGAUGAUGUCCAAGACCGCAUUAGGGAUAUUCAAGAGUACUUUAAUGAUGGAGGGAUCGUUGACUACGAUGGCUUGGAAGCGCGUUUCCCUUGGGAAGGAUUUGUCUACAGCGUGGCAAAAUGGCUACGGUCUCGAAACGAGGAACUUGACCGGUUCCUCAAGCAACAGCCAUCAGUGGAUGAAAUCCACGACCAGCUCGAGGAAGCAGUGAAUAAACGCACGGGCGUUCAAGCCGUUGUCACGCCAGAACAGACCAAGGCGACGACAACAUCCUCGGAAAUCACUUCUAGUCAACAGCGUCGACGCGAGUUACUUCCCGCUGCCGAAAUCACCGAGAAACGGGGUGAGGCAAACACUGGACAAGGCGGGAAAGAAAGACGCAAGUCGAACACCCGGAUCUUCAGAGACCAGAAAUCCAUUCAGCUGCUAUUUCGAACGGCCAGAGCCCUUGAGCAGAAGAAUGACCCUACGCUUGAAUCUGCAAAGGAUUUUGCUCCUCGACUAUCGCAAUUAGCAGCAAAGCCAGCCGAGAAGAUAAAUAGGCCCGUCGCGUCGACAUCAACAAGAAACACUGAUCAAAGAGCGGAGGAGACGGCGCCUAUUGCGUCCUUUUCUACGGAUCCUGAUCAGACUCUUGUUGGCGACUUUCAAGAAGACUUUAUAAUAUCUAGCCCUCAGCGCAGCCCUCAGCGCAGGCAACCAGCUAGUCGGCCUCGUCAACAACCAGCUUCGGAUACCCAAUCUACAGAAGCAGCAGCAACUACAGCGAGUCAAAUUGUCCCUUCGUCACGGUCGAUACUGGAAGAAAUUAAGAGGCACAAAAAGGGCCGCUCUUUUAUCGACCGACAGUCUAAUGCGUCACGGGUGUCGCCCAUUGACUCUCAACGAGUUGACCACGGCUCGACUAGCAAAGCUCGCAAACGCACGCUGCUCGAAACGAACGAGUCAGAGGACGAGUAUGAGGAAGACAACAGAAAUAUUGACAUCCAGAACAAACGCGCACAAAAGCCAGCGCAGCCGGCUAAGCGGCAAAGAAGAGAAGCGGAAAUAGAAAACACCGAGACGCCUCCUCAACGCCAUCGCCAGGCUGUUUGGCACCCAGUUGAUGAACCUCCGUCUGCUCAGCCUCCAACAGUGCCCUCGCCUGUCCGACCGCCACCACCACCUGCUGCUGCUGCUUCUCCGCCGGCGUAUUCAACGCAACCAUCCGCCAGCCAGCAAUCCGCCAGCCAAGCAUCUCCAACACGACUGCCAUACGGCGCGAGACUUCCUCAGGUGCGACGACGCUGGUCGACGGCAGAAGAUAAUCGGCUUGUUGAGCUAGUUGGUAGGCACGGCACGAGCUGGGCUGUAGUCAAGCAUCAGGACGAGGCGUCGUCGCGGCCACAGCUGGGUGAUCGCAACCAGGUGCAAUUAAAAGACCGAGCCAGGAACUUGGUUAUGAUGUGGCUCAAAGGAGGAAGAAGAGACCUACCGCCGAAUUUCAACCUCGUCGCACUGAAACAAAAGGACGUCGAAGAGCUCGAAAGCAGGGGAAUUCCAGUUCCAGACCGGACAUUACCAAGAAAUGCCACGCGGUUUUGA